AUGGGGCCACAUCUUCUGGGACGUUCUUCUCUCCUCUUAUUGCUGCUGGGAAUGUGGUGGGCAGUGCGUCCUCUUGGUGCUGUGCCAAAAGAUCUCACCAAGGCUCGCUGGUUUGAAAUUCAGCACAUACAGCCAAGGCUUCUCCCAUGCAACAAGGCAAUGAGUGGCGUCAAUAACUAUACGCAGCACUGUAAGCCUGAAAACACCUUUCUGCACAACUCCUUCCAGGAUGUGAUUGCUGUCUGUGAUUUGCCCAACAUCAUCUGUAAGAAUGGCCAGCACAACUGUCACCAGAGUCCAAAGCCUGUCAAUCUGACUCAGUGCAAUUUAAUUGCGGGAAGGUAUCCUGACUGCCGCUACCAUGACGCCGCUCAAUACAAGUUCUUCGUUGUCGCCUGUGACCCCCCUCAGAAGACCGACCCCCCUUACCAUUUGGUUCCUGUACACUUAGAUAAGAUUGUUUAA